GCCUCCUGCCCUGCUGUUUCAGAAGCUCGUGAUGACGACUGUCCAGUUGAGUUUCAGUCUGAUGUGAAGGACACCGUCGAGGAGCAGAAUCGUGCUUUUUUCGAAUUGGUGCCAGGGCUGCACGCUCAUCCCGCUGAAUGCCACCCUCCUGUGGCCGACUCGGGACAUGACGAGGACAGGAGCUCUUCCAGAUUUUUCCCUGGUGGGUUCGAGGCAGAGGGAUUGGAUGUUCCUCCCGGGGACUCCACGGCGCUCAGGGGGCAUGUUUUUCUGGACGAAUCGUGAUCCAGAGUAGCAGCUCAAGAGUGAAAUCGGACUGGGUGGGGUCGGCAACGAUGCUGCCGACCGCUCUGCUCGCCUUGGCGCGGAGUCUCACCCUACAGUUGGCCAAUCAAAGUUGGAGCCCCUCGAUCUUUCGCCGAAGCCAGCCAAUGUUGUUUGCCACCUCGCUGCCGACCUGUUUCCAUGGCCCACGUGCGACCUCUCUGGUGCUCAGUGGUUUAGCCCUGUGGAGAGGCGCCAGCUAGCGUUUUUCGCGGCCCACCAGUGGCUGGGAAUGGGCCCUCCUGUUGGGCUCCAGCGUUUUUGGCAGUGUCAGGCGUGUUAGCGUACUUCCAGGAGCGAAGGCCUCGUCGAACCCCCCUGGUCACUGCAAGCAGCCCCCCAAGAUUUGCAUGCAAACCUUCCGCAGCCAUUUUGGCCCAAUUGCCUUGUAAAUGGAGAUUGCAGUUCUUGGCGCGUCGAUCGAUGAUGGCAACACAGUUCUGCAUUAUCUGUGUCGCUGUGUUUGUUUUGAGAGCAGAAGCAGCCACCACAUCAGAUGAUGGGAUAUCCAACCUGCCUCACAUUUUUCUAGUUGUUGUCGAUGACUUCGGAUGGGCUGAAGUAGGGUACCAUCGUGACACACCCACAAAAGAAGUUCAAACCCCACACAUUGAUGGCUUAGUGAGAGAGGGAGUCGAGCUGAACAGGCAUUAUGUGCACAUGAUGUGCACUCCAUCGCGUGCUUCGCUGCAGAGUGGCCGCCUUCCUGUCCAUGUCCUCACCGAACUAGCUGGACCUUGCGAUGAAAACGGUGCCAUCCCUCGAAACAUGACGGGUCUUGCUUCGGUGCUCAAGCGAGCCGGUUAUGAAACGCACCAAGUUGGUAAAUGGGACGCCGGAAUGGCCACACCACAUCACAUACCCAAAGGGCGUGGCUACGAUACAUCACUCACAUAUUUCAGCCACGGCAAUUGGAUGUGGACAGAAAAAGAGUGGUUGGGGUCUUACGGACAUAAGAAGACAAUACCAACCGCAGAAAAUUAGCAAAAACAUGGUAUUGUUGAUUUCUGGGACACAGACCGCCCCGCAAGCCAUCUCAAUGGCACGGGUUACGAGGAGUAUAUUUUCCGGGACCGCAUGCUUAACAUUUUGCAUGCACAUGAUCAGUCCAAGCUUUUAUUUCUGCAGUACGACAGCAAGUUGUGCCACUACCCGAUGCAGGCGCCGCAGGAGUACCAGGACCGUUUCAAAUAUAUUGAUGAUGAUAAUCGCCGUGUGUAUCAUGCCAUGGUAAGCUUUUUAGACGACCAGUUGGGCAAUAUAACCAAUUCGAUGAAGAACUUGGGCAUGUGGGAUAAGACGCUCAUGAUUCUGACCAGUGAUAAUGGAGGAUAUGUUAAAAAUCCCAAUGGUCCAUGCAACACAACUAGCUCAUCUUGGUUUGGGACUGGAGAGGACACGGACACUGGCCAUGGAACUGCGUGUGACAAUGGUGAGGCUGGUGCUAACAACUACCCAUUGCGUGGUGGAAAGUACAGCAACUUUGAGGGUGGCAUUCGUGUGAACGCCUUUGCCAGUGGCGGUUACUUGCCCACGGCGGUAAGGGGCUCAAAACUUGAAGGCAUCAUUCACAUUGCUGAUUGGUACCUGACGCUAAGUGAGGGCAUAGCUGGGCUUGACCCAACUGAUCAUUGGGCUGCUGAGUCUGGCCUUCCCCCCAUUGACUCCCUCGAUGUAUGGCCAAUGCUCAGCGGACGCAAUCUGACAUCUCCACGUGACAGCUUCCUAGUCACUGCCAACAUGAUCGUUGUUGGGGAAUGGAAGUAUGUGAAGGGUGGUACAAAUAUGAUUGAAGCAGCUUACGGCGGACCUCAUUAUCCCAAUGCUUCGAUUGCUACCGACUCAAUCGAUAAGUAUUCUUUCAACUGCCCAGUUCAGGGGUGCUUGUACAAUGUUGUUCAAGAUCCACGCGAAGAAACUGAGGCCAGCGCACGUCAUCCACACGUGGUUGCGACUAUGAGAACCGAGCUGGAACGUCAGGCAAAAGCCAUAUGGCGCCAGUCGCACAGGAACAGCCCGAAGUGCAAGCAGGCGGCUUGGCAGCUCUACAAUGGUUUCUAUGGACCUUCAAAGAAGUUGAUUGGCCACGCGCAGCAAGGUCUGAAGAAGAGCGGUACGUGUGAAGAGGAUCUGAUUCUUGGCAGAUGCAGCUUGUGGUGUGUGGCGGAGGCAUCAGCUCUUGAGGGCUCCGAGUGCUAGGUGAAAGUUUGAACGCCGUGCAUUUCAGCCCACCCUCAGGUCUUGCCAGCAGGCGCAUUCGGCUUUGCACUGCCUCGAGAGUCGGCCGAGGCGCGUUCCAGAUCGAGCUUCGAGGCGGAUGCGGCUGUGACCUUGAGGGCGCCGCAGGCGCCCAAAGCCUGAAACAAAGAUAUUUGCAUUCAAACCGUGAGGGGCCUGAACCACCUGUGUUUUGGUUGACCGCUCUCACGUGGAAAGAGUCAGGAACCACCCUGCUUUCUGACACUUUCAGUGUGCUUUCGGCAUGCAGCGUAGCGGUCGUGAUG